CUCUCCAAGGCUUCUAAAACUAGAAAAACUGUCGAAUUUCGACAGCAACUGGCACUCUAGUUAUUGUUAUUGCAUAAACAUGUACUAUAGAGUGUUUGUUGUACGAUAGUGUUAAUGGUACUAUAAUUUGGUCGCCUUGAGCAUUUGUUUAACAAUCCAGUGAUACGAACUCAAAAGAUUUUAGGAAAUCUGCCAACUUCCAGCCUAAUCAUGUAUCUCGAAGCGAACGUUCGUUUCGUCUGCCAGACGUUUCAUUCGUUAGUUGGUAGUAUGUAAGUCGAAAUCGUCUGGCAGCACGAAAACAGCUGAUCGUUACGUAGUUUUCGUCUAGUUUGGAAUUUUUUAAGGCGAAUAGAAGACGAAAGUGAGACGACAAUCGUUGAAAACAGACGAAAGGUUAUUAGUGAUCGUUAAGAUGGAGGGUUCUGCCAGGAAAACGCUGAAAAAAACUACAACCACUCAAUUUGAAGUACUUGUAAAAGAAAUGGAGAGAAAUCCUGACCUGGCCAGAGGUGUUGCAGUGUUUGGAUCUGAUCGAGGAAGGGUAGAGGAGCGGUGGGAGGAAAUUAUGAGGAAAAUUAAUUCUCAUGGUCCUCCUACAAGAACGGCCGUCGAAUGGAAGAAAGUAAGCAUAAGUGCAUAAAUUGUAUGUGGUAGAUAAAUGCUUGCGCACUAUUUCCAUUUUACUGACAUUGAAUUUUAUUUUAUUUUUAUUUCAAGAUAUGGGCGAAAAGCCGGACAAAAAAGAAGAUUGCCGAAAACAAACGAAGCCUUACUGCUACCGGUGGUGGCCCAUUCCGUCACUCUCCGCUUUCCGAAAUGGAGCAGGCCAUAGACAGCCUGGUUUUUAUUUCGAGGUCAGCAGCCCCGAGCGGCAGAGUUUUCGGCAUUCCUUCGACGGCGACCUCUAACAUGUCAAGACAUUCGUCGUUGGAGGAAAUGCCUCCUUUACUUGUGACUGAAUCGCCAACACUUGACCAACGAAGGCAACAAACAACCACCCUUCAAUCUCCUAUAAGGCACAACCAACCACCACCAGUGGGAGUAGUAACUCCCACUACACAGACAACCCGUCCUACACCAACGCACACGUUACGUUCCACUAAUAGGAAGCGCACCUUCCAAGAGACAGUGGCUGAAUCUGCCAAAGUCCAAGCAGAAGCCGCUAAAGUGCAGGCUGAGGCUGCAAAAAAAAUGGCAGAGGCAUCAAUGCUGCAGGUGGAUGCCACAAACAAAUUAACUGCUGCAGUGGAACGCCAAUCUGAAAUUUUUGAAAAAUUUUUGGAGUAUUUCCGGAAUUAAUUUUCAUACCACUAUUGUGAGAGUUUUGAAGUGAUAUUUUGUUUUUUUUUUUUGUGUAAAUAUUUUUUAGAUUUAAGUGUGAACAAAAUAUC